AUGCCCGAGACAGUCGAUAAGCGCGCCGCGGCGCAGGAAGCAGUCGAUGUCCUGCACGAGAUAUCCCACAUUCUUAACUGCCACAUUGAUCGCAAGACCUUGUCCAUUUGCAUUUCCCUCAUUGAACGCGGAGUGAACCCAGAGGCAUUGGCGCAAGUCGUCAAGGACCUCCGCCAGGAGGCAGAACUCAUCGAGCAAGAAUACGAACAAGAAUAUGAAGACCAGCAGUAG